AUGACAGAAUCUCUCGUCAGUUUUGCUGCCCGGGAACUUUUGAAGAAGGUGGUGGCUUUACUUGCCGAUGAAGAGUUCAGUCUUGUGUGCAGAUUCAAGAACGAACUAGCAAUGAUGCACACUACAUUAGUCAAGCUUCAAGCUAUGUUACAAGCUGCCGAGCAUCUGACACAAGAUCAGCGGGAUGACGUGAAAAUCUGGGUGAAGAAAAUUGAAGAGAUAGCUGGUGAUGUGGAUGAUCUGCUGGAUGACUUUGGAUAUGAAGUUCUUUGGUGCAAAGUAGAACUUCAAGACCAAAUGAAGAACAAGGUGUUGUCAAUCUUCGUUCCCAUUGUAUUUCGUCAUAAAAUGGGACGUAGAUUUAAGAACAUCAAUGAAUCUCUUGUGAAUCUAGAGAAUCAGGCAGCCAGUUUUCAGUUGGUAAUUGCUGGGAAUGCAACCUGUGAUGAUCCAGAAGUUGAUAGGCAAACCGCCUUCUGCUGUGAUGAAGAUGAAAAGAAUAUCAUUGGAAGGGGUGAGGUUGUGUCAGAUAUGGUAACAACUUUGAUCAACUCCAACACUACUCAAGAAAAUCUUCUUACUGUUUUGGCUAUUGUGGGAAUGGCAGGUCUUGGGAAGACGACUGUUGCCAAAUCAGUAUAUAAUGACUCCGAAAUUGGUAGAUACUUCCAACAAAAAAUAUGGAUGAAAAUCCGUGUUGAAAGGCAAGGCUGCAAUACUCACUGGCCUCCAAAAAAAUCUGGAACUCUGGAAGGGAAAAGAUAUCUUCUCGUAUUGGAUGAUGUUUGGAACGAAGAUCUUCAAAAAUGGGAUGAUUUGAGGACCAGUUUGUUAAGUAUUAGAGGUACAGAAGGAAGCAGUAUCAUUGUCACUACCCGAAAAGUCAAAGUUGCAAAAAUCAUGGAGACACUUCCUAGGUACGAUUUAACAAAACUCUCAGAUGAUGACUGUUGGCUCCUUCUAAAGAAUAAAGCAGUUUCGACUAGAAGUACUCUGCCACAAGAUGAAGAGAGAAUUGGAAAGGCGAUUGCAAAUAAGUGUGGAGGUGUGCCAUUAGUGGCAAAGAAUCUGCUAAGCUUUGCAUAG